CACAGUCCUGUCGCUUUAAAUCCCGCGGUGUAUAACGGUGAGUGCACGCGCGCGCUAACUGUACCUGGUAAUAAGAAUCGCGCACGCGGCACAGAGGAUUACACUGCACGAGAUGGGGGUGAAGUUGUACUACACCACUGUGACCGCCUCCAGGGAGGUGAAAUCAAACCAGGCGGAAGUGCAGCGCAUUUUAGACAGUAAGAACAUUCCGUAUGAGCUGAUUGACAUUUCCGUGUGCGGGGACGUCCGGAACGAGAUGAGGACGAAAGCGGGUAACCCUACGGCUGCCCCACCCCAGCUUUUCAAUGAGGAUCAUUACUGCGGGGACUACAGUAAAUUUCGGGAGGCGGUAGAGGCCAACGCAGUGGAGCAGUUCCUCAAGAUCGCAUGAGAAUUCUACAUGGUAGCAUCCAAUGCUUUUUCUUCUGCUUUGCUGGACCUUGAGCGCUUAAAGGAAGACAUGCCUCGUGUCCUCCGCCCUGUGGCGAUGUCCCUCGUUCUUUGCAUCUAUGCCAUUUUAAAAUGCCAAACACAUAUUCCUGUCUGCCAUGCAGUGACCUGAAAGCACAGAGUACUCCACUGGAUUCCGCUCGCUCUCCCUCAGUCUGGUUGCUUAUGUUUUCAGUAUUCAUUCAGGCGUGAAUCAGCACUCUCAUUGAUUCUUCUGUUUCUAAAUGUAAUUAGGAAAAAUGCUGGAAUCAUUAGAGCUCCGAAAUAUGGAGAAAAUAGAUAAUCUAAUUUUGAUUAGUUUUAGAUUAAGUACAAUUAUACCAAUCUACACUUAAACAUGAUAAAAAUCAACGUCCUGAGCACCCCCCCGCCCCCUCCCAAAAAAAUCUGUUUUAUAUAAAAUUCAACAAACUGUCUUAUUUUCUAGCUGUUGAUCCUUGUAGUUGCUUGUUAUCAGCCCAAGACGAUGUCAUUAGCAUGCUAAGCGUAACUGUUUGUCCUUCCUUAAAACCAGUGGCUGCUUCAGCAGUCUGACGCGGACCAGGUGAAUAUAACCUUCGGUACCACAGGAGAACCUGAAGACCCUGUUUUCUGCAUCUGUUUGUGUGGCGAGAUAACGAAUGUAACCAAGGUUCAUAAAUUGAAGCAUUCCAUUGUAAUUAAUUGUGCCAAUAAAUUACUGAAAACACA